GAGUUUCACCAAACAAAGAAGAUCUCACGAGACUGUUGUGCGCCAUAUUUAAGAGAAGGAAAGCACGGCAUUGAGGUAAGGACGGCUUUUGUCAUGGGGGAAGAGGAAAUUCCUGACAGGAAAUUCAAUGCCCUGAUUGAUUUGCAGGUUUGUUUUAAGUCUAUUUAUUUUAAUUAAGAGACAGGUCGUCCACUCACGAAUUUUUUUCCUUAUUGUUUUUCUGUGGCGUUAAUUUUUAAUUCACAGAUUGCCAAUGGUAGCUCAGACCUGAAGAAUGACACUUGA